AUGGCGAUGGACUUCCAGAAGGCGCUGCUGGACGAGCUGAUGGGCGAGGACCGCAACGAGCUGACGGACCAGCGGAAGGAGCGCGAGGUGACGGACCCCGACGCGUGCCGGUUUUUCAUCGCCGGCCUCUGCCCGUACGGGCUGUUCAAGAACACGCGGUCGGACCUGGGGGAGUGCGGGUACCGGUACCACGACGAGAACCUGCAGCAGAAGUGGAAGGAGAUGGACCAGGCGGAGAAAGACAGGAUUGGGUACGAGCGCGACCUGUACGAGUGUCUGGACGGGCUCAUUCGCGACCUGGAGCGGAAAAUCAAAGCCCGCAAGGCCGAGGCUGAGGAGAAGAACGCGCCCUCGCCGCUCCUGCCCUCGGACCAGGCCUACUUCGACGACCUCGAUGCCAGGAUCAAGACCCUCCUGGACGAGUCGUCGAAGCUCGCGGAGGACGGCAACAUCGACGCCUCCGAGGCGAAGAUGGAGGAGGCGAGCGCGCUCAAGAAGCGGCGCGACGCCGAGUACGCGGAGAAGGUCGAGCCGCGGCAGAAGCUCGAGGUGUGCGACGUCUGCGGGGUGUACAUGAACAGCCUCGACAACGAGGCGCGCCGGAACGACCACUUCAACGGCAAGCAGUACCAGGGGUGGAAGACCAUCCGCGAGACGCACAAGGCGCUCGAGGACCGCAUCGGGCCGCAGCGACUGCCCCCGCCCCCGGCCGCCAGGUCGCACUCGCCGGAGCGGGGCGGGUCGCGGCACCGCAGCCGGGAUCGCGGGUACUCGCGGGAGCACGACCGGGGCUACGACAGGCGGGAGCGGGGCUACGACAGGGGGCACCACCGGGGAGACUACUACGACGGACGCCACCGGGAGCGCGGGUACGAGCGGGACAGGCGAGGAUACGACAGGCGAGACGACUACCGGUCGCGGGACCGGUCGCGGGACCGGUCGCGGGACAGGUACGACCGCAGGAACGACAGGGGGGGGUCUUACCACGACAGGUACGACCACCGCGGAUACGACGCGCGCCGCGACCGUCGAUGA